UCUCAAAAUAAACUCUCUCCAAUCCUUUUCUUUCGAUGGAGAAGAACAAGGAUGCGCCGCCGCUGGAAGAGCCCUCCGCCGCCGCCGCCAAUUCCGGCGGAGGAGGAGGAGAAGAAGAAGAGAGCGGUUGGACGGAUUACUUGGAAGAUUAUUUCAGCUCCUCAGAUAUUGAGAGAGAGAAGAGUUUUUUGUGUUCGAGUAUUGGGAGCUGUUCAGACGAUGGCAAUACGACGACCAAUGUUUUAAGUCCAACGUUGUGUUCUGUUGGGGAAGUUUUUUUGGAUUCUCCUAAGAAGCUAAUUUGUUUCAAGAAAUUAACAAGAACCCAGAAGAUUUUUCAAGAUGAUUCCUUGGAAGAUACCGCUACUUCUCCUGUCCACAGUCCAAAAGUUGCUGAUUUGAAAGUGAAAACAAAACAUGUAAAUCUGAAGUUUGAUGAUCACGCGAUGAUUCGUGGCUCCAUGGGGAGCGAUUACUCAGAGGGAGAAAAAGGUGUUUGUACAGCUGCUGGUGGAGACCUAAAGCAAAGAGGCCUUUGCUUGUUUCCUUUUUCCAUGCUUCUUCAUUACCAAGGUUGAGCUUAUCAUUAUACUCUUUGUAAAACUCAAAUUCUCUUUUUCUCUCUGUUUAAGGUUACUUAAACCCUAGUCUAAGAUUUAAUUAUCUAUAAGUUAUUUGAGUGUAAAUUCCAAUUCCCAUGCAACAUGGUUUAAUUUUCUUUGUCA